UAUUUUUUUCCGACAGUAAAAUAUUUUUGAACAAUUCGUAUAUAAUUUGGGUUUAGGGUUUAAGAGUAGCAUAACUCGCUUUUGCUACACUAUCACUUGAACGAACACAACAGUCGAAGGAAACUUCCUACAAUCAAAUCAAAUGCGUGUCUGAAAUUUUUUCCAUGUGGGUUUCAACAAUAAGGUCAGCUUCUUAUAGAUACCUAUUCAAGAACAGCAAUCAAUUUAUUCGACCGAAAUCAGUUUCUUCAGUAGCUCAAUUAAGCCCAUAUUUUUCAGAUUCUAGUUCUGAUGAACAAAAUGGAAAUACCCAAAUGAAAAAUAGUACUAACAAUAUUGUUGAGGUAAAUUCAUAUUGGGUCACUGAAAUGCUCAACAGUUUAAAGGAAGAGCCGGAAAAUGCUUUAUUAUUUUUUCGUCAAUUAAAAGAAAGUGGGUUUAAACAUGAUGUACAAACUUAUAUGGCUAUGGUUAGGACAUUUUGUUAUUGGGGUAUGGAUAUGAAAUUGGAUUCUUUGUUUUUGGAGGUUAUAAAUUGUGGAAAAAAGGAUUUGGGGUUUGAGGCUUCUGAUUUGUUUGAGGAAUUGGUGGAGGGGUUAAAUGCCGAGGGCCCGAAUUCGUUGGUUCGGGCUUUAGAUGCAUUGCUUAAGGCUUACGCGAGUUUAAGGAUGUUUGAUGAAGCUAUUGAUGUGUUGUUCAAGACGAAGAGGUGUGGUUUUGGGCUGAGUGUGUUGUCGUGUAAUUAUCUCAUGAAUCGCCUUGUUGAGUGCGGGAAAGUAGAUAUGGCCGUGGCGGUUUAUAAACAGUUGAAAAGGAUUGCGGUGAAACCCAAUGUGUAUACAUAUGGAAUUGUGAUCAAGGCAUUGUGUAGAAAAGGUAAUUUGGAAGAAGCGGUUACUGUAUUUGAGGAGAUGGAGAAAGCUGGUGAAACUCCUAAUGAGUUUACUUAUUCCACUUAUAUUGAAGGGCUUUGCUCGUAUGGUAGAUCAGACUUGGCUUAUGAUGUAUUGCGGGCAUGGAAAGGGGCGAAUGUACCCCUUAACGUCUACGCCUAUACUGCUGUAAUUCGUGGGUUUGUUAAUGAGAAGAGGUUGCAAGAAGCAGAAAUUGUUCUGCUUGACAUGGAGGAGCAAGAACUGAUCCCUGAUGCCUUUUCUUAUGGGGCUAUAAUUCAUGGUUACUGCGAUAUCGGGAAUAUUACUAAAGCUCUGGAUUUCCAUGACAAGAUGGAAGCAAGGGGUAUCAAAAGUAAUUGUGUGAUUGUCAGCUCAAUUCUUCAGUGCUUGUGCAAAAAUGGCAAGGCAUGUUAUGUUGUUGAUCAGUUCAAAAGUUUUAUGAAGCAGGGCAUUUUUCUUGAUGAGGUGGCUUAUAAUGUCGUAAUUGAUGCCCUGUGCAAACUCGGUAGGUUUGAAGAGGCGGUGGAGUUGCUUGAUGAGAUGAAGGAUAAGAAGAUGACACUUGACAUUGUGCAUUACACUACUUUUAUAAAUGGGUAUUGCCUCCAUGGAAAAAUACUAGAUGCGUUGGAGUUAUUUGAAGAAAUGAAAGAGAAAGGCUUGAAACCUGACGUUAUUACUUAUAAUGUGCUAGCUGGUGGAUUUUCUAGAAAUGGCCUUGUUAAAGAGGCACUUCACCUUUUGGACCAUAUGAAGGGACAAGGCUUGACGCCAACGACUGUCACACAUAAUGUGAUUAUUGAGGGCUUAUGUGUUGGAGGUUAUGCAGAGGAGGCUGAAGCAUUUUUUAGUAGUUUGGAGUAUAAAUCUGUAGAAAAUUAUGCUGCCAUGGUGAAUGGAUAUUGUGAAUUAGGCAAAACUAAAGAUGCCUAUGAACUUUUUGUUAGGCUAUCAAAACAAGGCAUUUUAAUUAGAAGGAACUCUCGUUUGAAGCUUCUGAGUAGCCUCUGUCUGGAAGGUGAAUACGGGAAAGCCAUAAAGUUGUUCGAGAUAGUGUUGACUUUAGGUGAUGACACUUGUAAAAUAAUGUACAGCAAACUAAUUGCUUGUUUAUCUAGUGCUGGAGAUAUGAAAAGGGCCAGGUGGGUGUUCGAUAAUAUGGUUUGGAGAGGAUUAACGCCUGACGUGGUUAUUUAUACUAUGAUGUUAAAUGGUUACUGCAAGGUGAAUCACUUGCAGGAAGCUGUUAUUCUUUUUGAUGAUAUGAAGGAAAGGGGCAUUUCUCCUGAUGUGAUCACUUACACAGUUAUGCUUGAUGGUCACUCUAAAAAUCUAAAAAGAGAUCGAUCAUCAUCAGAUACAAGGAGGAAUGGCGGAGAAAGAAAGGAUACAUGGUGGAAUAAUGAGGAAAAGAUAGACCCUUCAACUUUUUGGAGUGAAAUGAAGGAGAUGGAAUUAAAAGCUGAUGUUAUUUGCUACACUGUUUUGAUUGACAGUCACUGUAAAUCAGAUAACAUUGAUGAUGCUAUUCGCCUUUUCACUGAAAUGAUUGAUCGAGGUUUAGAACCUGAUAGUGUUACAUACACAGCUCUGAUAUGUGGCUAUUGUAAGCAAGGACAUGUUGAGAUGGCUAAAGACCUUGUGAAUGAGAUGUGGAGUAAGGGAAUACAACCAGAUAGCCAUACAAUCUCAGCAUUACAUCAUGGCAUCAUAAAGGCCAAAAAGGUGCACCUUAGGCAUAACAAUAACUCGGGAAAAACAGAGGUGAUUCGAUCCUCAUAGAUGAGUGACAUUUAUUGGAGCUCUAUUGCACUGCGUAAGUUGUCUAUUAUGGAAAUGCGGAGCUUCAUGCAAGGAUUAUCAGGAAAAUGCACAAGUAAAUUACAGCAGGGAUUGGGGUGCCAAGCAUCAGACCAACAUGAAACAUUCUGGUCAAUCUAUACCUGUUGGUGGUCUUGCCUAUAAUAUUGCUGCACCAUGAAGCCUGGCGGAUACAAUAGCACAUACUUUCAAUGCUAUAUUGUAUUCACUGCUGUCAGCUUGUGCUUUGUUCUUGAAAACUUGGAUCAAGGUUUCAGGAUCAUCAGCCUAUGUUGUAGCUAAGCCGUUAAAGGAAUGGUGAUGGCUGGGUAUGAGAAAUCAAACAUGUACCAAGAGUUAAACCUCUAGAUAUGGACAGCUGCAGCCUUUGGUGGAGAGCGCGUGGUAUCCAGACUGUGUUGGGGUGAUCUGAAAGGAGCAGUUGGUUCAGGGAGUGGAAUUUCUUGGCAGUCGCCAUCAUAUAUCAGUAUUUUGACACAUACAAGAAGGUUUCAGAUCAAAGAUCAAUAAUUGGACAGCCUUGCAACAACAAGAAAGCUAGCUGAAAAAGAUGCAGUAACUGAGGCUCUGGAAGGGCGCCGUUCUUUGUGUCUUUUUUGCAUAUAUUGUAAAAGAAAAAGUUUCAUGUUAUAACCAUGUUGUAUAGAAACCUCUUUUGAUUAUAAUUAUCCAUUUUGAUUUCAAUACGGAGCACUGUGUUUACUAUCACCACCACAAUUGAAAAAAAAAAUUCUAAAUUGUUGGGCCCUGCAUAGCAUGGACAUCAUCCCUCUAGUUUGAGAUAUAUAUAGAAAGAUGAAGCCAAGAUCAGUUUCAACAUGUCUUUUUCUUGGGAUUUAAUUCAAAGCUGUUGUACUUUUUUGCUCCGAUAGUCUAAAAAUGUUCUCAAUAUGACCCCAAAAAAACCCAGAUGUCUCUAAUCUUAAUACCUUUCAUUUCCGUUUGAACAGCUUAUAUAGCUCUUUAUAUAAGGACUUACGUGUCCUUUUACGCUGCAACAAACAGCCACCUCACCAAAUACCUUAUUUUCCUCUUUUUUCUCCAAAAUCUUCUUUGCCUCGGUUUCCCUGCUAGUUGUGUCUUUCUUUAAGUUUCCCCAAUUUCUACCCUGUUCAGUUUCUUGUUCACCUUUGUUUAUUUGAUCUCUGCUGUUUAUUGAUCAGGUUUUCUUGGCUUUUAUUUGUUUUCUGUAAUUCAUCUGCUUUGUCUACAUGGAGAAAAUCUAUCCGUGCACCCUCCAAAUUCCAUAUGCAUCCUUCUGGUCUUCCGCAAGGUCAGAGCACAGAGAAGUAGAAAGAAGAUGCAGCAGCUUAUUUAUUGGUAUACCGCGUGGAAAAGGACGGCAUCCAUCGUUUACCCACUGUGGUCAUGCAUUGAUAGUUCAAUUUUGAGAUUUGGAAUGUGAGACUUUAAAUUUUAUGCAAGAGUUGGUUUAUCGUAUUUGAUCCUGGUAUAUUUGUUGAUUCAUAAACUGAUGUUUAGUACCAGCAGAAAUUAGAAAAUAACUUAAAAGAGACUUCAAGAUGAAUGUGCCCUUAUUGCUUAGACAAUGAGGUACUGGUGAAAUGAAGGAUGAAUUCCAUCUGUUACUACAUAUUAAUUUAGUUUAAUCUUUUUGAGCGUAGUGCAUUUGUUGAAGAAUAUGGAUGUGAAAUGGAUAAAGGUAGUACAUGGCUGAAGACGCUGAAAAUCUAGUCUGGUACCUGCAACAUAAGUAUGUUUUGUACCUCGGAUCUUCCAAAGGUUUGGCUGAGAGACGAGUUUCAACCAUUGUUUUGAGAAAAAACGAAGUUUGAUCUCCUUAUAUGCGAUAUCAGGUAGAUUGUAGUUUAUCUGUACAUUCCGAUCUUUUCUAUGUUUUUUGUUUUUUUUUAUAAAUAAGUGAUUUUCGCCAUCUUAUGAUCCAAAGAAGAAUGAAGAAUACAACAAUAACAACCCCGUAGAGUAAACAUGAGAAAAUUUUCUUUUAGACUCGCUUCUUUGCCGGUGGCUGCUGGUGAAGCCAGUUCUAUGAGGCAAGUC